UUCCAUCCUCUCUCUAGCUCCGCAUCAUUACGUCUUGUUUGCUACCAUUAAUUCAGCCAUUUUCCGGACGCAUAAACUCUAAGUCGAUAUGGAUCUGCUUCAGUUUGCUUGCGUUUUGGUCAUCGACCUCUGCGCCCUAUACCACCGCUACACCGACGGACACUGGUCAAGACCAGCACUCUCCUGUGUGGCGUUCACGCAUGUCGGUCUAUUGAUCCAUGUCUUGCUGGAGACGCUGAAACAACAGAUGAGCCAUCUCCCCGUGAAGGCCGGGCUCGAGCUCUGGGAGUACUUGGUGGGGGUCAUGAAGGCCAAGUCCGACGCCAGUUCCUACACUUUGACCUAUGGGGCGGAUGUAGAUUGGUCUAAGCUACUGGGCUAUGCGUACAAGGCGCCUGUCAACCACGGCGGAAAAGUGCGUGACGACGCUGCAUAAAAGUGGGGACUACUGUUGGAUGCUGUGAGUUAGGACACGGAGCCAUAUUACACAGUGAGCUGCGCUUGAGUGCGGAACCAAGUGUAUAUCUUGUGCAUUCGGAGGAUUGUUGAGUUUGAUAGACUGUGGGCAUGUGGUACCUAGCACGCUUUCUCAAGAGUAGCCUGAUCGCUAUUGUUUUUACUACUCGCAAGUAUUUACUGUUUCGAUCUUCGAGUCUCUGCU